UCACUUGUGUCUCAUUACCAUAGUUUUCCACUUAGAUCACCAGGCCUGGUAGAGUUGGAUGUGAACGUAGAGGUGCCAAUUUAAGGACUGAUAAGGAAUAUUUUAGUUUAGGUUUUUCCGGCUAGCUCUCCUUGUCACGAAGUGGAAGGUCACUAGAGUGAAGUAUAAAUGGAAAGGUGCCAAGUUUAGGCCUGCUGAUAAAUCAUGGCCGACUAUAAGGAAAAAAUGAGUCAGUCUUCUGAGGAAGCGAUGAGACUUAAGCUGCUUGAGGAAUUCAAGUAUGUUACCUGCUCCCAGGCGUACCAUAAAAUGUUUAAUAUUUUGAGGAAAGGGGUGAAGGAAGGUAUAAGGCGCAGUGUCAGCCAAACGUUAGAUAACUUGCUCUGGAAAACGUUGAACCUAUCAGAUGUUCCUUCGCCGGUCCGCAUCAUGGAUUUUGGUGGAGGUACAGGAGAGCUGAAGAUGGCUAUUUCUCAAAAGAUGGAGAUUCUUCACAAGGAGUUGAUCAUCAGCGUGGAAGAACCACACAAAGAGUAUCUUGACCAGUACAGAAUGUCUGUUAAUUUCUGUCACCAAUGCACGUCUCGAUGUGACAUAUUCCGGGCCAUUGCAAGACUACUAUGGGCAUUCUGUAGAAGCUCUGAGGGCAGUAAAAGCUUAUCCGCAACAGUUGCAGGACAGGGUGUUAGCAGUGCAUGUCCUGUACCAUCUUACUAGUGUCUUCGAUGAUACCUUUGAUCCAUACGAGAAUAUGAAACAAGCCAUCUCUGCAAUGUAUGCCAUCUUAAAACCAGGAGGAGAGAUGGUAAUAGUUAUGGAUUGCAUAAAGGACCAUUUGUUCGAGACUGCCUCUCUUAAGUGUGCAGAGGUUUUGUUUCCCGCUACGUUUGAAAACCACAAGCGAUUAUAUGAAAUCUGGCAAAAUAUAGUGUAUAAUGGCGGCAUUGUGGACAUGUUGAAUAUGUCGUUUCCAACGUUUAAGGCCACAAUGCAACAUAAUGAAGUUUCCUAUCAGGCUGUUUUGCCAACCAUUGCAGAGAUAGGGGCCGCUAUCUCAAUAUCUAGUCUAAGUGGGUUAUGCGCAAACCAGUCCCCAUUCGAUCAACGUGUUGUCCAGUUCUGCGUGGAUUAUGUAAUGACAGAAGGCUACAAGCAUGGCCUGUACCUUGAUAGUAAGGGGGCAUGGUGCUUUCCAUUGAAAACGUACUAUAUGAGUAUAAAGAAAGAGGCAAAUAAGUGAUCUGUCAAAGUUGAAUUAAUACUUUAUAUUCAGAGGCUGGUCAAUAAGUUGGCACCAACUUACUUAAAUGUUCUAGUUAUUCACAAUGUACCUACCAGAAUUUUGCGCUCAGUAGAUCAACUGUUACUGAUUGAAACCUGUAAAAUGGGUCUUAAAACCUCUGCAGUCAUCUCUUUAUAGUCCUCUGGUAAAAUGGAAUGGAGUAUGCUGCAUGUACCAAUUAAA